AAUUGCACAAGUGUCGAAGCUACAGAUCACAAAAGAAGAGAAAGAUGACGUCACCGAGUCAUGCCCCUGAUCGCGGCGACGGCGACUCGGUCGAGAAUCAAUCUCCUGAGCUCAGGAAGGAUCCAGUAACUAACCGCUGGGUCAUAUUCUCUCCCGCCCGAGCCAAGAGACCGACUGAUUUCAAAUCCAAAUCUCCCCAGAACCCUAAUCCUAAACCUUCCUCGUGCUCCUUUUGCAUCGGUCGUGAGCAAGAGUGUGCUCCGGAGAUAUUUCGUGUGCCAGAUCAUGACCCGAAUUGGAAACUCCGGGUCAUCGAGAAUCUCUACCCGGCUCUAAGUAGGAAUCUCGAGACCGAAGCGAAGCAAGGUGAGACGGGUACGGGUCGGACUAUAGUCGGAUUCGGAUUCCACGACGUGGUGAUCGAAUCCCCUGUUCAUUCGAUUCAGCUCUCCGAUAUCGAUCCGGUUGGUAUCGGCGAUGUCUUGAUCGCGUAUAAGAAGAGGACCGAUCAGAUUGCGCAACAUGAUUCCAUCAAUUACAUUCAGGUUUUCAAGAACCAAGGUGCGUCAGCUGGAGCAUCAAUGAGUCACUCCCACAGUCAGAUAAUGGCUCUACCAGUUGUUCCUCCAACAGUUUCUUCACGCCUUGAUGGUACCAAGGAUUAUUUCGAGGAGACUGGGAAAUGUUGUCUUUGUGAAGCUAAAUCAAAACAUUUUGUGAUUGAUGAGUCGUCCCAUUUUGUUUCGGUUGCUCCUUUCGCUGCUACGUAUCCCUUUGAGAUUUGGAUUAUUCCAAAGGAUCAUUCUUCCCAUUUCCAUCAUCUCGAUGACGUCAAGGCUGUGGACCUUGGAGGACUUCUGAAACUCAUGCUUCAAAAGAUAGCCAAGCAACUUAACGAUCCCCCGUAUAAUUAUAUGAUCCACACUUCUCCCCUCAAGGUCACAGAAUCACAACUACCUUACACGCAUUGGUUCUUACAGAUUGUACCUCAGCUUUCUGGGAUAGGUGGGUUUGAGAUUGGCACAGGAUCAAAGCGUAGAUCUUCGCCGUCGGAGACAAUGGGAAUCUCGACGCAGUCUCACGGAAUCCAAUCGAUGCUUAAAGAAGGUUACAGACAUCUCUCCGGUCUCGAUGAGGCCGUCAUUAAAAACAUCGAAGCUUGCAAGGAGCUUUCCACCAUUACCCGCACUUCUCUUGGCCCCAAUGGAAUGAAUAAAAUGGUUAUCAAUCAUUUGGAUAAGCUAUUUGUCACAAAUGAUGCUGCCACUAUUGUGAAUGAACUUGAGAUUCAGCACCCAGCUGCCAAAAUUCUGGUGUUAGCUGCUAAGGCUCAGCAAGAAGAGGUUGGAGAUGGAGCCAAUUUGACCAUUUCUUUUGCUGGAGAGCUUCUUCAAAACGCUGAGGAGCUUAUUAGGAUGGGAUUGCAUCCGAGUGAGAUCAUUAGUGGAUAUACUAAAGCAAGCAUUAAGGCUGUUGAAUAUUUGGAGGAGCUUGUUGAGAGUGGUUCUGAGUCUAUGGAUGUACGUAAUAAAGAGGAAGUUGUGUCUAGGAUGAGAGCAGCUGUUGCUAGCAAGCAAUUUGGUCAAGAGGAGAUUAUAUGUUCUUUAGUCGCUGAUGCGUGCAUUCAAGUCUGUCCCAAGAAUCCAACAAAUUUUAAUCUGGAUAAUGUCCGUAUUUCGAAACUUUUGGGAGGAGGUUUGCACAACUCGUGUAUAGUCCGUGGCAUGGUCUUGAAAAGUGAUGCCAUUGGGAGCAUUAAGCGAAUGGAGAAGGCGAAGGUUGCUGUGUUUGCUGAUGGUGUUGAUACUACAGCAACUGAGACUAAAGGAACUGUCCUGAUUCACAGUGCUGAGCAGCUGGAGAACUAUGCGAAAACAGAAGAAGCUAAGGUUGAGGAAUUGAUAAAAGCCGUUGCUGAAUCAGGAGCUAAAGUAAUUGUUAGCGGAGGAUCAGUUGGUGAAAUGGCAUUGCAUUUUUGUGAGCGCUACAAGUUAAUGGUCUUAAAAAUUAGCUCAAAGUUUGAAUUGCGGCGUUUCUGUCGUACAACCGGGGCAGUCGCUCAAUUGAAGCUAAGCCGACCAAGCCCUGAUGACCUUGGCUAUGUUGAUUCUAUAUCAGUAGAAGAAAUUGGUGGUGUGAGAGUCACCAUUGCAAGAAAUGAGGAGGGCGGUAACUCCAUUUCUACAGUAGUUUUGCGUGGAAGCACAGAUAGCAUAUUGGACGACCUCGAAAGAGCUGUGGAUGACGGAGUUAAUACGUACAAGGCCAUGUGCAGGGACAGCCGCAUUGUUCCUGGAGCUGCAGCUACUGAAAUAGAAUUGGCUCAAAGAUUGAAGGAAUAUGCCAAUGCAGAAACUGGGUUGGACAAAUAUGCCAUCUCCAAAUUCGCAGAGAGCUUUGAAUUUGUGCCUAAAACCCUUGCAGAUAAUGCCGGCCUCAAUGCAAUGGAGAUCACAGCUUCUCUGUACACUGGACAUGGAUCUGGAAACGCAAAACUUGGCAUCGACUUAGAGGAAGGUGUUUGUAAAGACGUCUCAGAUACAAAAGUAUGGGAUCUUUAUUCCACCAAGUUAUUCGCUCUUAAGUAUGCUGCAGAUGCUGCAUGCACCGUGCUACGCGUAGACCAGAUUAUAAUGGCUAAACCAGCAGGUGGGCCGAGGAGAGAUGCAGCUGCAGCCGCUGCAGCUUCGUCAGUUUCGUCUCUCGCCGGCCGAGUCGCGAUAGUCACCGGUUCUUCUCGCGGAAUCGGCAGAGCCAUAGCCAUACACCUCGCCGAGCGCGGUGCCAAGGUAGUCAUCAACUACACCACCAGAUCCACUGAAGCCGAUCAAGUCGCCGCGGAAAUCAACUCAUCCCCCGGCGCCGGUCAGGAACCGAUAGCCUUCGUAUUCCGCGCCGAUAUCUCAGAGCCAAGCCAGGUCGAGUCUCUCUUCGACGCGGCGGAGAAAGCCUUUAACUCGCCUGUUCACAUCCUGGUAAACUCAGCUGGAAUCCUCAAUCCCAAUUACCCUACCAUCGCCAACACUCCCAUUGAAGAUUUCGAAAGCAUCUUCAAGGUGAAUACAAGAGGAUCAUUCUUGUGUUGUAAAGAAGCUGCGAAAAGGCUAAAACGUGGAGGCGGUGGUCGGAUUAUAAUGCUAACGUCUUCAUUAACCGAGGCGUUAAUCCCGGGGCAAGGAGCUUACACAGCAUCAAAGGCUGCUGUUGAAGCAAUGGUGAAGAUUCUUGCUAAGGAACUUAAAGGUUCAGGAAUCACUGCAAACUGUGUUUCUCCAGGGCCUGUUGCGACUGAGAUGUUUUUUGACGGGAAGAGCGAGGAGACGGUGAGGAAUAUCAUUGAGAGGAGUCCUUUUGGUAGGCUUGGUGAGACUAAAGAUAUUGCUUCUGUUGUUGGUUUCUUAGCUAGUGAUGGUGGUGAGUGGAUCAAUGGACAAGUUAUUGUUGCUAAUGGUGCAUUCCUCAAAUGAAUAUGGUUUGUUCUGUUAUUGGAUUAGUUUAUCAGAGAGAAAAUAUGUUUCUUUACCUGAAAAUUUAAAGUAUUGAAGUUGUGUUCUAAUCAUCCAUAAAGAAGUUUGAAACUG